AGGAGCUCAGCGCUGAGUUAGAAACGGCUGGAGCUGCGGGAGAGCCAGUGGCGCGGCGCCGGCGGCGGCGGCGGAGGCUUUGGCAUGAAUAGGAUUCGGAUUCACGUCUUGCCAACCAAUCGGGGGAGGAUCACCCCAGUGCCCAGAUCUCAGGAGCCCCUUUCUUGUUCAUUUACGCAUCGCCCAUGCUCUCAACCUCGUCUGGAGGGUCAGGAGUUUUGCAUUAAGCAUAUCCUUGAAGACAAGAAUGCACCCUUCAAGCAGUGUAGUUAUAUAUCUACAAAGAAUGGAAAAAGAUGUCCCAGCGCUGCCCCAAAGCCAGAGAAGAAAGAUGGGGUGUCCUUCUGUGCUGAACAUGCUCGUAGGAAUGCCCUAGCACUUCAUGCUCAAAUGAAGAAAAACAACCCAGGGCCUAUGGGUGAAACACUCUUGUGCCAGUUGAGCUCAUAUGCGAAGACAGAGCUGGGCUCUCAGACUCCAGAAAGUAGCCGCAGUGAAGCCAGCCGAAUACUGGAUGAAGACAGCUGGAGUGAUGGGGACCAGGAACCCAUUACUGUGGAUCAGACAUGGAGAGGUGACCCUGACAGUGAAGCUGAUAGCAUAGACAGUGAUCAAGAAGAUCCCCUAAAACAUGCUGGUGUUUACACAGCUGAAGAAGUGGCUCUUAUUAUGCGCGAGAAGCUAAUUCGUUUGCAGUCUUUGUACAUUGAUCAGUUUAAACGGCUACAGCACUUGCUCAAGGAGAAGAAGCGCCGGUACUUGCAAAAUCGCAAAGUUGAACAUGAAGCUCUAGGUAGCAGUCUUCUGACGGGCCCAGAGGGACUCCUGGCCAAAGAAAGGGAGAAUUUGAAACGAUUAAAAUGUCUUCGGCGAUACCGCCAGCGCUAUGGAGUAGAAGCCUUAUUACACAGGCAGCUGAAGGAACGCAGAAUGCUGGCCACAGAUGGUGCUGCCCAACAGGCCCAUACCACUCGUUCCAGUCAGAGGUGCUUAGCCUUUGUGGAUGAUGUUCGUUGUGCGAAUCAGUCUCUUCCAAUGACCAGACAUUGCUUUACUCAUAUUUGUCAGGAUACAAAUCAGGUUCUCUUCAAAUGCUGCCAGGGAUCUGAAGAGGUACCUUGCAACAAACCAGUUCCUGUAAGCCUCUCUGAAGAUCCCUGCUGUCCACUGCAUUUCCGGUUGCCUCCUCAGAUGUAUAAGCCUGAGCAGAUACUGUCUGUGCCAGACGAUCUGGAAGCCGGCCCCAUGGAUCUGUACUUGAGUGCUGCUGAGCUUCAGCCCACUGAAAGUUUACCACUGGAGUUCAAUGAUGACUUGGAUGUUGUGGGUGAUGGUAUGCAGUGCCCUCCAUCACCCUUGCUUUUUGAUCCUUCUGUAACCCUUGAAGAUCAUUCAAUCAAAGAAAUUGCUGAAGGCCCAGUGGGGCCAGGUACAGAUGGCUGGAGAUGGGUGCAGAUCCCAUGGAUCUAGAAAUUCUGAGAAAGUCUGUGCACCAUUCCCUCAAAGUGGAUUUACUACUGCAAAUGGGAAACUAGAAAACACUUCUGUCAGUUGACAGCUUGUUCUGGGAAUCAUUUGGUGGAUUUGAAUUGUCCAAUCUUCAAAUAAGUAUAUCUGAUCAUCUCACUAAACAGGAAAAAAAAACCCUA